AUGGCCAACUCCGGAGAUCAAGCAGCCGGCGCCCCACGGAAAAGGCAGCGUCUGCAAUGGUCAGAAGCAGACACGUGGAGCCUAAUCAGACUCUGGGAGGACAACCUGCACUCGUUGCGAGCGCAGAAGCACAACGGCGAGGUGUACACCAGCAUCGCGGCUGCACUCACAAGUGCGGGUGUCUCCCGCACGAAGGACCAAGUGCACACAAAAAUAGAAAAUCUGACACACACCUACAGGAAAUGCCUUAAAGAAAACACAACGGGCUCGUCCCCACCAAGCUGGACCUUUUUUGUAGAGAUCCACAGAUUUCUUGGAAGCCUGCCUGUAAACGACCCCUCUUUAAUGGAGGAGGCUGGGAUCAGCUCGAGCCCAGCAAGCAGCAGUCCCUCAGUUGAGGAACUCAUCUCUGGCAUGGUGACCGGAUCGUCAAGUGACGAUACGGAAGUAGAUGCACCCGAAUUCGCACAGGCUUCAGCAGCACCUCAGCAGCCAAGCAACAUCCAAGACUGUGUCACCGGGCGCAGAAACAGCCCAAGCGACAGUGGAGAUCGCGCCCGCAGAAAACGAAGAAAAUACACAGGUGCCGAAAUGAAGGAGAAGAUGCUGAAUGAGCAGCGGCUCUUGAGGGAGCAAUUUGAAGCCGCCCAUAAAGAGGAGAUGGAGAUCCGAACAAAAGCAUUAAAGCUGCAGGAGAAACUUGUGGAUGCAAUGGUUGAUUUUUUUAAUAAAAAGUGGUGCGAUUUCCUGUACUCAUUCCGGCGAUUCUUGUGA